AUGUUGACCCAGCUCCUGCGCAGCGCCGCCGCCGCCGCCCUCCUCUCUGCCCCCGGCGCGUCGGCUUUCCUGAAGCUGCCGCUCAACGCGAGACAGAUCCCGGCCAAUGCUACCGACGUCAAGACCAUUGUCUCUCCCACCAAUGUGACCAUCCGCUACAAGGAGCCCGGCAAGGACGGCGUCUGCGAGACCACCCCUGGUGUCAACUCUUACUCCGGCUACAUUGACCUUGCUCCGGACGCCCAUACCUACUUCUGGUUUUUCGAGUCACGGAGGGAUCCCGCCAACGAUCCCAUCACGCUUUGGCUGAACGGUGGCCCUGGCUCUGAUUCCAUGAUUGGAUUGUUCCAAGAGCUCGGCCCUUGCAACAUCACCGCGAACCUGACCUCGUCCCUGAACCCGCACGCAUGGAAUGAGGUGUCCAACCUGCUUUUCCUCAGCCAGCCGCUCGGCGUCGGUUUCUCCUACUCCGAAGAAGGAAUUGGUAGCCUCAACAAUGUGACCGGUUCCUUCGAGCCGGACAACAAGGGCUCCGACUACGGCCGCUACCCGGUCAUCAAUGCGUCCGCCAUCGAUACCACCGACUUGGCUGCCGCCGCCGCCUACCACGUGCUGCAGGGUUUCCUGAGCGCACUCCCCUCGCUCGACAGCGAAGUCAAGAGCAAGGACUUCAACCUGUGGACCGAGAGCUAUGGCGGUCACUACGGGCCAGCUUUCUACAAUUACUUCUACGAGCAGAACCAAGCCAUUGCCAACGGCUCGGCAUCUGGCAUCGAGCUGAACUUCAACUCCCUCGGCGUUGGCAACGGCAUCAUCGACGAAGCCAUUCAGGCUGAGUACUACCCGAAAUUUGCCGUCAACAACACCUACGGAAUCAAGGCCUACAACGACACCAUCUACGACUACGCCAUGCUCGCCCUGAACAUGCCGAACGGCUGCCUUGAUCUGCUCAGCUAUUGCCGUCAAUCCGACAGGUCCACGCUCUCGGGCAAAGCCCUGUGCUCCGAGGCCCAAUCCAUGUGCCGCGACAACGUUGAGGGAGUGUACUACAACUUUGGAGAACGCGGCACCUACGACAUUCGUCAUCCUUCAGACGACCCCACGCCUCCCGAGUACUUCCCCGACUACCUGAACCAAGGCUGGGUGCAAAACGCCCUCGGAGUCAACCUCAACUACACCGAAGCCAACAACGACGUCUACUACGCCUUCCAGCAAACCGGCGACUUCAUCUACGAAUACUUCCUCGAGGACCUCGAAGACCUGCUCGCGGCGGGCGUGCGCGUCGCCCUCUUCUACGGCGACGCCGACUACAUCUGCAACUGGUUCGGCGGCGAGGCCGUGUCCCUCGCCGUCGACUACGCGCACGCCGACGCAUUCCGCGCCGCGGGCUACGCGCCUUUCGUGGUCGACGGCGCCGAGUACGGCGAGGUGCGCCAGUACGGCAACUUCUCGUUCCUCCGCAUCUACGAGGCCGGCCACGAGGUGCCCUUUUACCAGCCCGAGGCCGCCCUGGCCAUGUUCAACCGCACCAUUUUUCACUUCGACAUCGCUACCGGCACGGAGCCUGUGACGGCGGAUCUGGAGACGGAGGGCGGAGCGGAGGCCACGCAUACGGAGCCGUUUGUGCCGCUGCCGAGUGAGACGGGGAGCGGCAGCAGUGCUGACGCGGCUGGAGCGCUGGCGAGGGGCAAGAAGAGGCUGCCGAUGUUGCAGGGUUGGUAG